AUGUCAAUCUUGAAUCCUGGGGUUCUUGUCAGGCUUGUUCAAGGCAUGAAUGAGAAGGAGAUUGCUGGCGAAGAUCGAAAAGCUGCGCUGUUACAAAUCAGGAGCAUAAUGCCUGUCUUGUCUGAAGGGGAUCUCUGGCCUAACGGGGGAUUUUACGUGAAAGUUUCUGAUGCUUCACAUGCCAUGAAUGUUUCUUUGCCUCAAGAGCAAGAUGACUUGAUUCUAUGCAACAAAUUACACCUUGGCCAAUAUGUGUAUGCUGAUAAGAUGGAGGCGUCGUAUCCUGUUCCGGUGCUCAAAGGUGUAAGGCCCAUUCCCCACAGAAAUUUGUGUGGCGGGGCUCCUAAAGAUCUUGUUCCCCUGGAAAAUCUGGAGGAAAUUUGGGCCAAUCCUGAAUCAACAAAAGAAAUAAUUGAUUAUACAGAGGACAAACCAAAGCGGUCUGCCAAUGCUUCAAGGGCCAAUGUAGCUAGGAAAAAUUGCGGAAGCGUCACAAAUAGCGUAUCAAGACAAUGUGGUGUUGGCAGGACACUAUCUGAUUCAGAUGGUUUGCUUGGGCGGGACAAAAACAGUGAUUCUGAUAGCACAAUCUCAUCAAGCUCGGAGACGACCACAAAGAGAAGAAGCUGGAAUGAAAUGGACAGUACGAGAAUAGAUGAAAUUUCAAAAUCUCGAAUUCUGAAGCACAAAUUAAAGCCCGUGUCAAUCAGCCAAGACCACUGUAGAUGUGAGGUAGUGAAACAAAGAGAUGCAGCUGUGCUUGCUGCUGUGGAGGCUCUUCAAGAGGCUUCCGCGGCUGAAAGAUUGCUGAAAUGCCUCAGUGCAUAUUCAGAACUUCAGUCGUCCAAUUCAGAGGAAGAGCAGCCACCAGUUGAUAAGUUUUUUAAGCUUCAAGAUGACAUGUCUCACAGUCGACUAGUUAUUCAGUCACUGACCAAUGCCACUCCAACAAGAGCAGCCGAAAUCGAGCCCAAUAGCGCGAAUUCCACAAGGGAAGCUUUUAAGAUUGCAUUAGAUAGGAAAAGAAAUGCAAGUUUGUGGAUUAAAGCAGCUUUGGCAUUUGAUCUAGUUCCAUUAUCUACGACCACAAGAUCGUGCCUUCCAUCUGUUGAAGCCACUAAAGCUUUCAAACUGUCUUGUGUUGAAUCUGCUGACAGUGUGCCAACAAGAAAACACAAGAACUGCGAGGUAAUGAUCGGGGCGACAUCUGAGAAUCACAAACUUGAACGGUCAAAAGGAAGUCCUUCAAGUGCAACAGCUGAUUUAGCCAAUUCCCUGCAAGAUGAAUUCAGAACAUUGUUUCUGGCAUACGUGGAGCGAUACUUAGAUGGGCUUAAGAGCCAAUUCUCCAUAGAAUCUAUAUCAAAUAGCCAGACAAUCCAUGUGAUGCUUCAGAUCAAAAGAGUGAGCGAUUGGUUGGACGUCAUGGCGAGAAAGGAGGCUAGUUAUGCAAAGAUAGGAUGCAGGGGGAGUUCUGAUUUGGAGGAUCCAGAAUUCGAGGUCUACAGUAGGGUUAGAAACAAAAUUUAUAGGAUUCUGUUAAUGCACAUUGAGAAAACUGCCCUGGCAUGGGAAAGUACGAAUACAGCUGUGGAAGCUUGAGUGCUUCGAGAAAGAAGCUG